CGAAUCGCAGUCAGGCAUUUAUUAAAUUGAGCUUUGGAAGAGAAGUUGUGGCCCGUAUUUCCUCUAGAAAACAGGGUCCAAAACAUGGCGAGUCCCGUAUUUGUCGGGCUUUCCCUCGCCCUAGUCAUGGUACUGAGCUUCCAGGCCGUGAACACGCAACUCCUGACGCCAACGUACUUCAACGUGGCCGAAGGCAAGCCCAUCACCGCCACCGCAACUUGCGGGGAAGGUUUCUCCCCGCCCGGCGAACUUUACUGCAAGUUGACCGGUAACACCGGAGACACGUUGAGGCAAACGGAACGGGACAUUAUUCAGGGACAAUACUGUGAUUACUGUGACCCAUUCAACCCCUUGAAGGCCCAUCCCAUCGAGUAUGCCAUUGAUGGCACCGAGAAGUGGUGGCAGAGCCCUCCCCUCUCCAGGGGAACGGAUUUCAACGGGGUCAAUGUCACCAUCGAUUUAGGACAGCUUUACCACGUGGCCUACCUGAUCAUCAAGUUUGCCAACUCACCCCGACCGGGCGUUUGGAUCCUGGAGCGCUCCAAGGACUACGGCCAGACCUACCAGGCCUGGCAGUACUUUGCCGAGACCAAAGGCGAGUGCAACCAGCUCUUCGGCAUGGAGUCCAUCGAGGAGAUCACCCGGGACGACGAUGUUAUCUGCACCGAUGAAUAUUCCAGCAUUGUGCCCUUGGAGGAUGGCGAGAUUGUUGUGUCGUUGGUGAACGGACGUCCUGGCGCCACCAACUUCUCCUUCUCAGAGGUCCUCCAAGAAUGGACUAAGGCCACCAACAUCCGGCUUCGUCUCCUGCGCACCAACACCCUGUUGGGCCACCUCAUGGCCAUCGCCAGGCGAGACAACACUGUCACUCGUAGGUACUUUUACAGCAUCAAGGACAUCUCCAUCGGGGGCCGGUGCGUCUGCAACGGCCAUGCCAGCACCUGCAACGAACGUGGCAACAGCGGCCGGCUGGUCUGCGCCUGCCAGCACAACACCUGCGGGGAGGAGUGCGAGAUGUGCUGCCCGGGCUUCGUCCAAAAGGCCUGGCGGCCGGCCACCAUGGACAGCGCCAACGAGUGUGAACCGUGCAACUGCUUUGACCACACGAACGAGUGCGUCUACAAUGAGACCAUCGCCGCCCAGCGCCUGUCCAUCGACAUCUAUGGCAACUAUGAGGGCGGGGGCGUCUGCCAGAACUGCCAGCACAACACGGUGGGGAUCAACUGCGACCAGUGCGCCCCGGGCUUCUACCGACAGGCUGGGGUCAGCUUGGACUCCCCAGAUGUCUGCCAGCCAUGUAACUGCGAUCAGACUUACUCCACGGGCAACUGCGCCCCAAUCACAGGCGAGUGCGAGUGCCGCCCCCAGUACACCGGCACGGGAUGCAGCCAGUGCAACGAAGGUUACUACGGUUACCCAACCUGCCAACCCUGCGACUGCAACUUCAACGGCACCCAGAACAAGGUCUGCCAGGUCAACGGAGGACAGUGUCCCUGCAAGCCGAACUUUGCCGGCCGCAACUGCGAUCGCUGUGCCCUGGGCUUCUACAACUUUCCCGAAUGUACCCCUUGCGAUUGUGACCUGAUUGGUUCCUUGGACACCAUCUGCGAUGCCUUGUCGGGCCAGUGCAGCUGCCGGGCGGUCUACGGCGGGCGCACCUGCAACGAGUGCCGCAACGGUUUCUUCAACUUCCCCUCUUGCCAAGACUGUAUCUGCAGCCCAGUAGGCUCGACUGUGGAGAUUUGCGACAAAAUCAACGGCCAAUGCAUCUGUAAGGACAACUUUGGCGGACCACGCUGCGAUCGCUGCGCCUUCGGCAACUACAAUUAUCCCAACUGUCAAGCCUGUGGUUGCGACAGUCGUGGGUCCACCUCCCAAGCCUGCUACGACUCGGGUCAGUGCCAGUGCCUGCCCAACUUCACUGGCCUGAAGUGUGAAGAGUGUGCCCCAGGUUACUACCGUUACCCAGAAUGCCUCGAUUGUGAGUGCCAUCGUCGCGGGUCCCUCAGCAUCAUGUGCGACCAGGGGACCGGCCAGUGCUCCUGCCGGUCCAGUUUCCGUGGCCGGAUGUGUGAGCAGUGCGCCGAGGGCUUCUACAACUUCCCCUCCUGCGAGGAGUGCAACUGCGACCCGGCCGGUGUGAUUGACAUCCCUGGUGAACCCCUUGGGGGAUGUGGCUCGUCCACAGGGAGAGGCAUAUGGAAUGAGUUACAACCAGCACACCGGUACUUAAUCAACGAAGCUUUGGUGGAGGGGGCCUGCAGGUGCAAGAACAACGUGCAGGGCCGCACCUGCAACACCUGCGAGCCCACCUACUGGAACCUGCAGAUGAGCAACCCAGAGGGCUGUGAGCCCUGCGAAUGCAACGUAGCUGGAACCAUCAACGGGAUGGAGGAAUGCGAUAUGAACUCUGGACAGUGCCUGUGCAAGGCCUUGGUGGCGGGACGCUCUUGUGCCGAGUGCCGGGAUGGCACCUUUGGUCUGAAGGCCGAAGACCCCCUGGGCUGCAGAGAUUGUGCCUGCGAUGUCGGUGGCAGCAGCCACGGUGCUUGCGACAAGACUACCGGCCAGUGUGUCUGCAAGGCCAGAGUCACCGGAAUCAUGUGUAACGAGCCUCUACCCACCCACUUCUUCCCCGACUUGUACCAGCACAAGUUUGAGAUCGAGGGGGGUUCGACUCCCGAGGGUCGCCGCCUGCGCGUGGGCUUUGACGAGACAGAGUUCCCGGGCUUCUCCUACCUUGCCUAUGCUGUCAUGUCUUCCAUUCAGCCCAUUGUAGUGAGGACGGUCGAGGUUUCGACCUCCAGCCUGUACCAUCUGGUUCUGCAUUAUGUCUACCGUGGAGAUUCCAACGUUAGGGGAAGGCUGACGAUCACGCCCUCAGAUCCAUCUCUGGGGUCUGAACAAUUCAGUGAUAUUCUGUUCGUGGCGGGCCCUGAUCCGCAGUUGGUAACCAUUGAGGGCGGCGGUGUGAUUACCCCCUUCGUGCUGAAUCCUGGCACCUGGACUGUCACCAUCGAAGCUCCAGAGGGUGUUCUACUGGAUUAUCUAGUCUUGAUCCCGCAGGCGUAUUACGAAGCUACCAUCCUACAGCAGCGAGUCUCUGAACCCUGCAUCGCCGGCAUACAACAAGAAAGAUGCAACUACUACACCUACCCGACGACGGACUAUUUCUUGGUUGUCCGCGGCGUCAACGGCUACUACAACAUUGACGGCACCGAUGUCCCCGCCACGCAGUUCCUGGACCAGGAUAUUCUGAUUGACAUUGGGGUCAGUGACCUCGCCGUCAUGGACACCCAGCAUAAGAACCUCCUUGUGAACAUUCCGAUCAUCGAGCCUGGCGACUACAUCUUUGUCUACGAAUACUAUGGUGGAGGGCCGGGAGUCCAGACUGGCACCGUGGAGGUGUCCUCUUCCGGAGGAACCCAGCGAGGAUACAUCAAGUUCUUUGACUGCUCAUUUCUGUGUCGCGCUGUUGUGGUGGAUUCAGAUGGUAUGCCCAUGGUCUUCAACGUGGAGUACCCCAACCCUUACAUCAGGCUGGUGCUAGACGGAAACCCAGAUCUGAUCGGAAUUAGCCAAGUGAUCGCCAUUCCUGCUGACAGGUGGUCCUACGACUUUGUAACACCAGCCCUGCAGUGUGUCCGCACAGCCGACGGAGAAUGUCAUGGUUCCACCUACCCAGUCCCCACCGGCUCCGUUUGGAUUGACAAAUCGGAUAUUGACGUCAGUGCUCCACUCCCACCCAACAUUGCAGACACCGACGUCACACUGCACUACAUCACGAGCGACGGCAGUGGAUCGAGCUCUGUGACCUAUGACAAUGUUGAGCCUUUGGGUGGUCGCUAUGUCUACGUAGUCCACUACUUCCAGCCCAGUGGAGCGACUGUGGACGUCAACUUCAAUGUUGUGGGCGAAUUCGAUGGAGAAGGGUCUUUCCAGGCUGAAUACUGCCCUCAUGUGUCGGGGUGCCGAGCGGUUGUCACGUUACCAGACGGCAGUUCGACCUUUGACCUGUCUGGCACAGGCCAGGGAUACUACAUCUCUCUGCCCGAUGGCAGCAGAGGCAAAGUCUGGAUUGACUACGUCAUCGCCAUUCCGGAGAAUUCCUACAAUGAAGACGUGCUCAUCGAGGAGCCACAGGACAGGGCUGGGGAGUUCAUCCGCAACUGUGCAGAGAACAACUUCUACAUCAGGCCGGACGGCAGCGGUUUCUGCCGCCAGGCUACCUUCUCCCUCUCGGCCGAUUACAACAACGGCGCCCUGCCCUGUGAGUGCAACCGCCAGGGCUCACAGAGCUUCAACUGCGAGCAGUUGGGCGGCCAGUGCCUCUGCCGGCCCAAUAUCUCUGGCCGCCGCUGCGACCGCUGCAAGAUCGGCUUCUACGACUUUCCCAACUGCUUCAGAUGUCGCUGUCGGUCAGGAGUUUGUAAUGAGGUAACCGGAGAGUGUAUCUGCCCGGACAACGUGGUCGGUAGCAGCUGUGAUCGCUGUGCUGAGCGGACCUUCGGCUAUGACCCAUUGGUUGGCUGUGCUGAAUGCAACUGUGAUGACCGUGGUAUCGUUGACGGAAAUUUCAACUGCAACCAGGACAGUGGCCAGUGCAACUGCAAGGCCAACAUUGGAGGCCGGCAGUGCGAUCAGUGCCAGCCAGGCUUCCACCGCUACCCGUUCUGCGAAUCCUGCUUCUGUGAUGUCAGCGGGACGGAGGAGGGGAUCUGCAACCAGGCCACCGCCGAGUGUUUGUGCAAGGAGAACGUAGAAGGCGUGCAGUGUAACCAGUGCAAGCCGGGUACCUUCUACCUGGAAGCGUCCAACCCCAUGGGCUGCAUCAGCUGCUUCUGUUUUGGUCACUCCUCCGACUGCCGCAGCUACGGCCGGUCACGAGAAAAGUUUAUUGACAUGGACGACUGGACUGUCACUAACAUGAAGUCCCCUCUGAUCCGGCAAGCUGGCAACCUGAUCAACGUCCUUGUAGGGGAUGUUGGCACGGGCACCGACCCCAACCAGGCCAUCUACUGGGAGGCACCGGAGAGUUACUUAGGCAACAAGCUGACGUCCUACGGCGGUAAAUUAGAGUUCACCGUCAGCAGUAAUGGCAUCCCUGAAAGAGGGGAUUCAACCUCGUCCCCAUUGCGUAGACCUGAUGUCAUAAUCACUGGCAACAACAUCACCAUCAUGUACAUCAACGUAGAGCAGCCGCAGAACGGCCGCUCCCUGGACAUGUCCGUCACACUCCUGGAGGAUAACUUUCAGUACAGUUUCUCGGCACGGACAGUGACUCGGGAAGACAUGAUGAUGGUCCUUGCUGGCAUCACGUCCAUCCAGAUCAGGGCACAGUAUUACAACAAGAUCCUAGACGCAAGCCUGAGUGAUGUUUCCCUGGACGUCACCAGGAAAGAUGCAAUCGGUUCCCCUGCCUACCAGGUUGAGAGGUGCAGCUGUCCCUCGGGCUAUACAGGCUUGUCUUGCGAGGAGUGCGAACCUGGUUUCCGUCGUUCCGCUGGCCAGUACCUUGGUACGUGCGAACCCUGUGACUGCAACGGUCACUCCAACACCUGUGAUCCUGAAAGUGGCAGAUGUUACGAUUGUCAAGACAACACGGAAGGGGACAACUGCGAACUCUGCAAAGUGGGCUAUUUCGGCGACGCCACCACCGGUUCCCCCGACAGCUGUACCAUCUGCUCCUGCCCUUAUCCUGAUGAGACCAGGAACUACGCGUACACCUGCUCCAUCGUGCCCGAGGGUAUGAAAUGUGAGUGCUUGCUUGGUCACGUCGGGGAGCGCUGCGAUGUGUGCGACGAGGGCUACUUCGGCGACCCCAGCCAGUCCUACGGCUUCUGCCGCAAGUGCAACUGCAGCGGCAACUCGGUGCCCAACGCCAACGGGCCGGAGUGCGACCCUCGCUUUGGCAACUGCCUGCAGUGCCGGCCGGGCACCACAGGAGUUAACUGUGACAAGUGUGACCGCUGGUAUUACGGUGACGCCGUUAUCUCCAGGAACUGUCAGGAAUGUUUGUGUGAUCGUUGUGGCAGCAGUGAGUGUGACGUCAACACGGGGCGCUGCGAAUGCAAGGAUAAUGUCGUCGGUACCCUCUGCGACCGCUGCUCUCCUGGCUUCUGGAAUUUCAGCAGCUGUGCAGGCUGCGACCCCUGCCAGUGUGCCCUGGCAUCGGAGAGCGGCCAGUGCGACUUUGAGACGGGCCAGUGUCAGUGCAAGCCGGGGGUGGGCGGAGCCAAGUGCGAUCAGUGCCUGCACGGUCACUGGAACUACGGCUUCGACGGAUGCCAACCUUGUGCCUGCGAGCCCCACCUUCGCUGCGACGCGGCUACUGGUGAAUGCCUCUGUCCCCCAGGUGCCACGGGAGAUAAUUGCGAAUUCUGUGAGGACCGUUACAUCAUGACGGACGAGGGCUGCCAACCAUGCGAUGAGUGCGUUUCCCUCCUGCUGGACAUGAUGAACGCGCUGGACUUCGACAUCAACGGCGCCGUGGCCAAUCUGUCCGGACUAUCGGUGGGCUUUGAGACCUACCAGAGACUGAGCAACCUCAACAAGUCAGUGAUCGCUGCAGUGAAUCGCACCAAGAAUCUUGCUGAGAACAACUUGGUGGUGUCUGACGGCAUCUUGAUUGUGGAGACUAACUACAGCGGCCUGCUGGACCAAGCGAUCCAACUCAGGAUCCGGUCGGACAACAUCAAGCAGAUGGCCAAUGAGACCAAGAUGGAAGCAUUGGACACCGGCUACAGGGCGGUCAACGUGGAGCGCCAAAUCAAUGAGACCAUCCAAGCAGUCUUAGACGCUGUCAAGGCCCUGUACAACAACUCCAACAUUCCUGAGAACGCCAACAUAUCCGACAUAUCUGGCAUUCUGGCUGAAGCGCGAAUGAUCGUGGCCGAAAUCGCUGCCCGGAAUUUCUCAGCGGGUCGGAAAUCCUCGGACCAGGAGCUUGCGGCCGCAAGGGAUGUGCUUGAGAGGGUGAAGCAGCUUCGCAACGUCUCCCUGGAGCUGAUGGGCCAUGUCCGGAACGUCUCAGAUCACAUGCAGGGCUUUCUGGACCAGUUGCAGAAGCUGAUCGACACCAGCAGAAUGGCCAAUAACCACUCCACUGCGGCCGAGAAUCUCAAUGCCGGGAACCAGGAGCCGGCCUUUGAGGCCGUCAUCCUGGAGGUCGAUGCUAAAUUCAAGGGAGCCACCGAGGACGUUGACAACGCCACUGCGCUGAUCAUGGCAGCCAUGCAGCUCCUGGAGGAAGCCCAGAACGCCUUGGAUGCCACUCAGGCCAACGCUACGGCCCUGGAAGAGGCCAUCCGCAGACUGGAGCCCCGGGUAAACUUUGUGGUCAACAAGUCGGACUCAGUGGACGGCAUCGUGGAGGAGGCCAUGCAGCACGCGGCUGACCUGAAGAACCAGUCCGACUACCUCAGCGGCCUGUUGGUCGGCACUUUGGAACUGUCGGAGAAUGCUAUCAGAGCAGUCAAUGCGUAUGGAGAGAUCGUCGACGCCAUCGACGCAGCCGAAAAAGCCGCCAUGGAUGCCCUGAACGCUAGCAGCAAGGCAGAGGAGCAGGCGAACAGCUUUGGCAACAGCCCAGCCGAAGAACUGAAGCAGAGCAGGCGUCUCAACAGAAAGGCAGCCACUGCCAAUGAGGCGCUGGCAGAUCUGGAUGAAAAAUUGGGGGAGGUGGGCCAGAGUGUGGAUCAGGUCCGAGACCGUCUGGACAACGCGGACGGUCGCCUGGCCGCCAUCCGCCGCGGCAUGGCCAACAUUCCUGACGACGGCAGCAUGUGCACCAUCACGGUGUGCCAGGAAGGAGAGGUUGACUGUAAGCCUGGCUUUGCCGGCGAGAACUGCGACACCAGUAAGCUUAGUGACAAAGCACAGGAGGCCGUGGACACAGCCAUGGAGGCCAAUGCCAAGGCCACUCAAGCCACCGACACCAUCGCCGACGUCCAGGGCCAGCUGCCUGAGCUUCGGGCCAAGUUUGACAAGAUCCCCACCGAUGUCGAUGCAGCCAUCCAGACUGGAAAUAUUGCCGAUGAUGCCAGUAACCGAGCCAGGGUGGGCGUGAGGGACAUCAGCAACCUGGACCGGGAGCUGACCGCCAUGCACGCCAACAUCCAGAACCUGACCCUGGGCCUGCAGUACAACCUGGACGAGAUCAAGAGAAAGAUCGCCAGCGCCCGUACCCUCGCUGACGGAGUGAAAGUGGCCAUGAAGUUCAAGCCAGACUCCUCCGUCCAGCUGCGUUCCCUGGCUCCCGAGGCCUUGGAAGGCCAGGCCGCUUACACGUCCACCUCCUUGUUCUUCAGGACGCAGGAGCCCAAUGCCUUGCUCUUCUUCAUGGGAGGCCCAACGGCACAGGACGACUAUUACUCCUUGGGUAUCGAGGAUUCCAACGUGGUCCUCCGUUACAACUUGGGCGAUGGGGAUUACGUAGUACCUGUGGCCAAGGACGUUAAUGACUACAGGUGGCACCAGGUCAUCGGUGAACGCACUGGCAAAUAUGCAAAGGUCACCGUCAAGGGACUUGGACAGGAUGACGUGGUUCAGUACGGGGAUUCCAGCAGGGAUCUGACCAUCCUGGACCUCAGCCCCGACUCACAGAUCUUCGUCGGGGGCAUCCCACCGGGCGUCCAGUGGCUGCCAGCAGCGUUACCCAGCCGUGUCUUCAACAGUGGCGGUAUUGACGAGGUGCUGGUGAACGGCCAGCCGCUGAGCCUCUGGAACUUUGCAGAUGCCAUCAACGCCGAUGAAGGAAUCCUCAGGAAUGACACCAUUGAUAUUCCAGUGGAUCCAGACACGGAGGGCAUCAUGUUCAAUGGAAGCGGCUACAUCGUGCUGCCCAACCGAAACUUCAACCCCAGGUUCACCGACAUGAGUAUCACCUUCCGGACCUACGCUGCCAACGGUCUGCUGUUAUUCAUGGGCGAUCAGGGCAAAUAUUUUGCCGUAGAGCUGAGCGGAGGUCGCGUGCAGUUCCAAUUCGACCUUGGGACUGGUUCCCAAACCCUGGUCACAAACAACAGGUACAACAACGGGGAGCAGACCAGGGUGCACGUUAACCUAGUCGGCAACACAGGUCGCCUGCGGGUGACACCCGCGAACGGUGUUCAAGAGGAAACAUCAGGAAGCUCUCCGGGUAGCGGUGACCGACUGGCUGCUGGAAACAUCUACGUCGGCGGCUUGGUGGGAAUCCCAGACAAUCUCUAUCCGUCGGUAAGCCGCAUCGGUUUCCGAGGCUGCCUGCGGGAGUUGUCUGUUGGAGGCCUGCAGAUCGACCCCUUACAGAACAUUGAGAGCUCUGGCGUUCACCCGAUCUGUGUGGCCGAGAGAGUUAGCCUGGUCUCGUUCAACGGUCCCUACGGCGGUUAUGUGUCGCGGGCCCCAUUCGACAUCACUACCGACUUGGGCAUUAUAUUUAGAUUCCGCACUAUGCAGCCAGAUGGUGUCAUGGUGUACACUGCCAAUGCCGACAAGUCUCAGUUUCUUGCUGUCAUGAUGGUGUCGGGUGCUGUGCAUGUCAUGGGCGACUGCGGAGACGACACAGCUGAGGUUGUCUCCCUGCAAAAUACGUACAAUGACGGCGAGUGGCACACGGUCUCUGUAACCAAGAGAGUCAAAAAGCUCACCUUAGUGGUGGACGAUGAGGGCUUUGGAAACUUCAACCGUUUCCAGAAGAAGACGAUACGGACGGACAGCUUCCUCUUGGUGGGGGGCUUCCCCAGGGACGAUUUCAUCGAGCCGGCCAUCCUGCCCACAAUGGACAACUUCAUCGGCUGCAUAGCUGACCUCUCCUUCGGGGUGGAUAAAGGGGUGAGUUUCAGCGAUCAGAUCAUCUCGGACAACAACGCCAACCUAAACGCCUGCCCGGUAGGCUCCACCCUGCCCACCGUCCCCUCUCUCAACACAACCGGGCCUGACCGAGGCCCGGCUGCGCCCACAACCUCCCCGUCACCUGUGACCACGCCCACCGAGGCAGUAGGCACCUGCAAGCUGCCGAGGGUGGCCGGAGCGGGCGAGCAGCUCCCCGAGGACGAGGGAGCCGACCAGUAUGGCAUCACCACCCACAGCCGGAAAGAGUACCCCAUCCUGGAUUCGGCCUUCAAACGGAACAUGGUCAUGCAGGUGGAGCUGAAGACUGUUGCCCGCAACGGCCUGAUCAUGUACACCUCUGACACCCGCCGCAUCGACUUCACUGCUGCCUACCUGCGGGACGGCAAAGUGGUCUUUGGCUGGGACUACGGCAGCGGGCCUAAGCUGAUUGAGUCCCCCGAUCCUGUCAACGACGGCAGAUGGCACACAGUUGUCAUGAAGCGAGAGGGCGCCCUGGGUGAACUGACCAUUGACGGCCAGUUAGUCAAGAAGGACGAGAUAGCCGGCAGCAACCGCUUCCUGAGGUCCACCAUCCCUGUCUACUUUGGCGGGGUGGACCCUGCGGUCAUCGAUACCAUCAAGGACAACCAAGUCCAUCCUCUAUCUCGGACGAGCUUCGUGGGAUGCCUGCGCGGUUUCAUGCUAGGACAGGAGGCGGCCGACGCGCCCAUCGGCCCAGCCGACAGGACUGUGGAUGUCCAGCCCUGCACAGGAAUCAUUGAGCCGGGCGUGUUCUUCGGCAACGAAGGGGGCUACCUCGAGCAGAUCUCGGCAUACUCCAUCGGCAGCAACUUUGAGAUGCGCAUAUCCAUCAAGCCGCGGGUCUCCACAGCCGUUCUGAUGUCCGUCCAAGGCUCUCGUGGUGACUUCCUGUCCCUUGAGAUGGUGGACGGAGUGCUGUAUCUGCGCUGUGAGAAUGGUGGUGGUAUCAUCGAGGCUAUCUACGCUCCCCCAGAGGGUGCCUUCUUCCUGUGCGAUGGCAACUGGCACGACAUCCUAGUCGAAAAGGCAGAGAAUGAACUCAGGCUGACUGUGGACGGGGAGCCAGGAGAGAGGGCCUUGGGCAGCACAAAUGCCAUCGCUGCAGACACCAGGGAUCCGCUGUACUUUGGCGGCAUACCUGACAAUGCCGAGCACCAAGGUCUCUCCAUCCGGGACAAGUUUGUGGGCUGCAUUCGGGACGUCAUGCUGCGGGAUGAUCUGGUCAACUUCAAGGAGGCCGUGGAGGUUGUGGGUGACGUCAACACCAUGUCCUGCCCCGCCAACUAGAGAGGGUGCCACCACUUCUCCCCUUCAAAAUGCACAAAUGUUUGGCAUUAAACUGCAAAUGGAAUGGAACAGUUUUAAUAUUUUACAUUUUUAGCAUUUUUACAUCUCUUUCUUUUUAAUCAUUUGAGUUUGUGUCAUCAUGUUAUCAAACGGUAUGUGUCGUGCAUUUUUAAAUUUUCAAUUGGACGGGAUUCUAAUGAAGUUAGGAAAUCCUUGGAAUUUUGGGGGUGACGGAAAUGGGUUGUGAAAAGAAUGAUAUAAACAAUUGUUUUGUGUAAUUUGUUGAACUUCGGUACUUGCAGGAAUCAGGACUGGAAAUGAAAAAAAUUGAAGUUGCACCCUGCGAUUCUUGAGUCUGUUUGAUUUGUAGAUUGCCAUUAACAUUUGCAGAAAUCUUCGUGCACUUCGCUCUGGUACCCGAAUUCAAGCGGUCGCAAACUAUCAAGUUCCUACAAAUUUUUUGACAUUCAAAACAGACCAGUUUUAGAAUUGCAGGGCAUGCGCCGAACUUCAGUGUGACAACGGAUAAGAGGAAAUGACUUACAGUGUAGCACUUGGCUUCAAGCACCAUCUGCGUCAAUGAAUUUUUUUUUCAGGAUCGAGUUUUCAUAGAUGAAAUACCCAAAUGGCGAUGUACUCUCAUUUUCUCAUUUCGAUGCCAACCAUGCCCUGUGCAAUUCAUCAGCCAGGAUUUCUUUGACAGUCAGCGUGCUUGAGGUCAAGUGACCAUGCUUUGAGGCCAAAUGUAUCCCAAGCUGUGGACGCCAUUCUAACUGAAGAACUAAAAGAAACCACCAAGUAGACCUGAAACCUGAAGGUUGAUGUUUUCCAAAACUAGUUCAAUAGUUGGCUGAUGUAUGUAACAAGCUCAGAUGUGGCCUUCAACUCUCGCCGAUGCAGAGAGACAUUUUAUAGUCAUCACCGAAUGGCUACGUGGCUCCCAGGCAUCACAGUGCACUUAUAAUUGACACAAUUACAUGAUUGCCAUCUGUCUUUCAUGGAACAACAGGUCUGUGUACUGCUGUAAUUUGGGAUACAUUUCGCCUCCGUAAAUCUUAGUUUAUGUAGAGUUUAGAUACCUUUUUAUGUACUAACACUAUCCCAGGGAACACAACACUUACCUACCUUUCUGGAGAAGUUAUUUUUUUUAGUACUAAAUUCUCUGAAAUCGUUCUAAGCGAUAAAUUGGCUCAGCACCUGCAUGUAAAGUAUUCGUACAUCACUGAUGAUCAGAAAAUUACUGACUAAUAUGUUAAUUACGUGGUAUCUCCGAUGAAAGGCAUUAUGAAAUUAGCUUUCAAUGAGAGGUGCAUUUUGUGUUUAUAUUCCAACUCUUUCAUCUGCCUUUGAAAAAAAAAGAAACAGAAAAUCUUGGAUGAUUGAUCCGGCCAGAAACUGUUGAUCAAUGAAGGAGCAAGCAUUCUAUUCGCGUCAAAUUUGAAUGGGUACAACUGAGCCAUUCAUUAUGCAUUAGGCAAAUAUACCAGGUCAUAACAGUAAAAACUAAGUCUUGGUUUUCAAAGCUCUAAAUUGUGAACAAAUUCAGACUCUGUGCAAGCAGCCUUGUGUCCCUUAAAAGAGUUUACCCGCUUCGUACCUACAUAUAUGGGGUGCUAACAAGGGUGUUUUUUUUUUAGUGUAGUGUAAGAUUGAAAUGAAAGCAAAAGCAAAAAAAUGUACUAACCCGGAGGUUGCAGAAGACCGUUAGGUCAUUUUUUUACAUCAGUAGGGGGCACUGUAAAGACAACCAUGGAUGGGAAGACGGCAUUCUCUUUCCAAGAUAAAGUCACUCACCAUGUUUAAUUCGGUAGGCCUAAUGGAUGAAAAAAAAAUACUGGAUUUUACGUGUAUUAGCUGGACACCGUAUGAUUGCUCAGGCCCUGCAUUGCAGCAGUGGUGUAUGCAUGGCAUCAUUGAGCAGCGCCCUAGCUCCUCUGAUACGUGCACAAAUACAGUAUUUCUGUUCUAUGCAUUAAUAUGAUGCCGAUUGUUGCUUGCCAAGUGUUUCCAUUUGCUGGCUAGUUUUCUCAUCACAAAUACACGUACAGUCUGAAAUAUAUAAAAAGCAUGACUUCAAUUUUGAGCUUUGAUGAGGUUUGGCAUUUUUUUUUAAAGUCUCUUUGAUAAUAAAGCCUCGGUUCUACUGCAACUCCA